AUGUUCUUCGGUCACAACCACGGAGACUCUUGGCAGAUCUUGUAUGUCCCUGACGAUUACGUGAGACCAGUUCCAUUCAGCGGACCUUCCGGCACCAACGGGUCUGCCCACAACCCUUCUUUCCGCGUGUACACGGUGGACGGCGGGCACAGCGAGGCCACUUGUACGGUGCUUGACAUGGAGACCUACAACAUGAACAUGACUCUGGCUAACCUCGAGGGCGGAAGACCGGAAUACGCACUCAGGUAUAAAGCACAGGAGAGUUAUGGUACUCCAGCCUCCCUUGACAGCUUGGUCGUUGCUAUGGCCACCGAUGCAGAGCUUUUCCGAACGUUUUUGAGAUAUUUCUGCUGUUCAUUUUAA